CGCGAUAAAAACAACAAUCCUUUGCGCAAAAAGGUGCGAGAGGAGGAGACACAAGAAAAAAAAAGUCGAUUGACCAACCGCGAGAGAGCGAAAAACCAAAACAGUCCUCUUUUGUCCACCGCAGAAAAAGUCCGUAAAUCCGAUUUACGACUGCAGCAGCACCAUUCGCGGAGUAGUGUGUUGUGACAAAGCCAGCAAAAGGUGAAUCACCGUCGUCAAUCUUGUCUCUCUCUCGCAGUGACCCCGCGGUCGUCGUCGUCGUCGAAACGUUGAACCGAAAAAGGAAGAUAGAAUAAGUUAACAAAAUCGCGUGUGAAAAAUAUGUCCUCCAUCCAAAACAACGCCCUGCAGCAAGUCCGCGAGGAUGACUUUGUCGAGUACUUCCUGUUUCCGGGUGCCUCGUUGGGAACCGUGGCCGCCGAUGAGGACGAGGCCCUCGAGAAUUGUGACCCAGAAUCGGCUGCGGCAAAGUCUCUUGGGGCGUUGCUGGCCGAGGUCAAUAAACUGGCCAAGGAGUUUUGCCAGCGGUACAUUUGGCACCGGGACGGGUUCAAGGUGGUGGCCAGAAAGGGCGGAGAUCGCCAAAGGCGCUUACUGAUUGAGGCCAGCGGACAGGACGGGGAUGGUGGUUUGGAGGCGGACGCUCCCCUGCCGUCCCAUCUGUACGGAAUCAGCCACUACGGGGACAACAUCCAAGACGAGUGGUUCAUCGUGGCCCUGCUGUUCCACCUGACGCGACGCAUCCCGGGCCUGGUGGCACGUGCCGUCGACUCGGACGGGGAGUUUCUGCUGAUCGAAGCCGCCGAACAUCUGCCCCGGUGGGCGGCCAAUCCGGAGCGGGCCGAGGGCCGGGUGUUUAUCUACGAGGGGGAGUUGUACUUGAUUGGUGGGGAGGGGGAUGGGGAAGAUGACGAGUUGUCGUUUGAGCGGGUGUUCCGGGAGUUGAAGGGCGAUGGGAGGACGCGGUACGUUGGCUCGAAGGCGAUUCAGGGAUGUAUUGAGGAACGGAUAGGGGAGUUUCCCGAUCGGAUUGAGGACAGUCACCACCGGACGACGUUGUACGUGCCGGUUGGGGUGGCGGCGGUGCUGAAGGAGAACCCGCAGCUCGUUUCGGCGGCCGUGCUGGCGUUUUGCAACCGGGACUCGAUCGAUUUGAAGGCGUGCCGGGCGAUGCGGUACUUUCCGCCGGAGAGUUGCGUGUACGUGAGUGUUGUAUUUACUAAGUGUUUGUACGCGAUGCUACUGCACAACAGUUACCUGCCCGAUCGGCGAACCGGCUGGAGUCUGCCGCUGGCCACCGAUCCGAACUAUAAGGCGCACGUGCUGGGGGUGAAGCUGGCCUGUGGGUUUGAGAUUUUGGCGUCGCAGGCCAAGACGUCGCAGUCGCUGGAUACGGAUAAGGGAUGGAAGAGUUACUUUGAGUCGCUGAACUCGAAGGGGUACUUCCAGGAGAACAUCGAGGGAUCGCAGGAAUACACUCGCCUUCUCGGCAUCGCCAAGGAAUACUACCAGGAGAAUAAAGAUUCGAUGAGAUUCACCCCAAAAAUCGGCGAAGAAAUCGUGUCCAUCCUGAAGCGCAACGACUACGACCCGGAGGAACUGCGCAAAGAAGGCCUGGAUCUCCCCUCACCCGACGACGACAGCUGGAUCAACAUCUCCCCCGAAGAGUUGGACCAAAUGCUGACGAAGCGUUACGGCGUCCGAACGUUACUCUCCCUCAACGGCAACGCCCCCUCGCCGGAAUCGUUCACCGCCAUGAUGAGCGAAUUUCUCGACCGAAAGAGUGAGUUUGACGGAGUGGACCAGGAUGCGGCCGCUGCAGCCGCCGCCGAAUUGGUCGAAUCGUUCAAACCGACCAAGCCCAAGCGAACCAAGAGCAAGAGCAAGGCAGACCACGUGCCGAACCACAACCACGUGCAACCUCCACCGCUGCACGCGCCAAUCGACUUCGACCCGGACGCAUUCGGCUCUACCGUAAAGAACCUCCUCGAUCUGGUCAUCCCCGAGGAUCGCUGGGACUCGUCCGACAACUCGGACAUGAGCGACUACGGCGAGGAAGAGUACGCCCGCAACAUCGAGGACAUGUCGCCAACCCGAACCGGCAAAGCCGUCCAAAACGAGCUCCAGUCGUACAUGGACCAGAUGGACCGCGAACUGGCCAAAACCACCAUCGGCAAGAGCUUCGAAACGGACAUCAGCGGAGACGCGGCCGAGGAAGCGGACCGCAAGGAAUCCAACGACGACUUUGACGACAUCGAAACCUUCAAACCGGUCAACAUCGACGUCAACACGCUCAAGAACAUGAUGGAGAGCUACCAGGCGCAGAUCGGCGGUCCCGGACCGGCCGCCAACCUGCUCGGCUCGAUGGGCGUCCAACUGUCGAGGGCGUCCGGUUCGCCCAAGUCAAAGCCCGGCAGCACGAAGCAAACCGACGUGUGAAAAGUCGUCAAUCUGUCCUUCCCGAUGCUUUAAGCUUCUCA